CUGUGUUUAGACGCCAUGUUCAUGAUAACUACUAUCUAGUAUAUUAUAUAUUAUCAUGAUGACUGCGUUGUUCAUUAUAUUCUAUAGUUCUACUCAGUUUUAAAAUUGUUUUCUCCGUGUGCUACUAGGGUCAGUGAUCAACAAUAUUUUCUUGGUUUCUAUUGGUGAUUACAAUAUUAUACGUUACAAUAAUGGAUCGAACUGUUCCAGACAAUACAGCUCAAGAAAAAAGGCAACAUCUAGAAUUAUUAAAAGGAAUAUGGUACUGACAUUAUGGAUAGAGCUAAAUUAGCGGAAAUAUAUUUAAAGUCUAGAAGAAUCGCAGAUCAUGAUUCAGAACUUAAGAUUGACUUGGAUCCAAUAGACUAUAAUUUACUAAUGGAUAAUGAUGAUGAAAAACUUUUGGAAGAAGAUGUCUUAGCUUCACAAGAUUCUGAAAGAGAAAAGCUGUUACGACAAUAUUAUAAAGAAGAAGCAGCUAAAGCUAUGGAAGCAAUUAAAAUUGAAAUGCAAGCUGCAAAAGAAAGCGAAGAGAAAAUGGCAUCUAAAAAUAAAGCAGGCAGUGAUGACAAUGAUAAUAAUGAGUCUAAAAAAGGUGAUUUUAAAAAGAACAAUUUAGACAGCAAUGUUUCUGAUGAUGAUAAAGAACGUGUAGCUACAGCUAACAAUAAACGUGGUAACAGUGAUACAGUUGAUAGUGACAAAGAAGAUUAUAUCAAGGGCAAAGAAUCAUCUCAAUUUGAAUUUGAUUUCAAUUAUGAAAGUGCUCUUUCUGAAGCCACUAAAAGACGUAGAGCGAGAGCUUUAGAAAAUAAUGAUGAAGAAGAAUAUUUCUCACUAAAAUGUUUAAAAAUAAUUUUAUAAAAAAUUUAUAUUAAUUUCAUAUUUGAUAUUAUAAGAUUAUUGAAUAUUUAUGUUAUCUAUUUAACUAUACAUCCCACAAAACAUACCAAUAAUCAUUGUUCGGAACGUUCACUAUAAUAUUGAAUUUGUUCACAUUCUGUGCUUAAAAAAGGAACUCAUUCAAGUUGACAUUCAUUAAUUUUCAAUUUUAUUUUUAAAUACUAAUACAACAUUGUGGUAAUCAUAAUAUUAUUGUUGUUUUAUGUCGAGCCGGGAACACUAGAAUUGCACUAUU